GUGGCAUUCACCACACUUAUACACACUGUCGACAACGGUUCGGGAACAACAGACGUACCUUUCUUGAUUUUAUCGCCCAGACAAAGCAAGUGCUGAGAUAAAGCAGCCAGGCACGAACAGCGAAGCAUAACCACCAUGAAGUCUGUGUUUUUGUUGAUGCUAUUCUGUUUCUACCUAGUGAAGGUACAGAGCAUGAAUGAAGAGCCUGUAGCAACAGACGGAAACAGCACUGCACCCGACGAUACUCUUGUGAAUGAGAGAUAUGGUGGAGGUUGCACUACACGGGAUGAAUGCAAAGAUAAAAGAGGAGUCUGCAAGACGAAAUGUGAAGCUCACGAGGACUCGAUACUCCACGGCUGCAGUGGACACGGAUGCUGGUGCUGCUUUAAGCGAUGCAAAGCUAACGAGGAAUGUCGGGAGGCCAAAGGAAGGUGUCAGUCCAGGUCCUGUGGAAGCAAUCGUCGGGAGAUUCACAAAGGUUGUGGUAAAGGCUGUUGGUGCUGCGCCCCUCGUCGAGAAAAUGAACAUGGUAGCCAUGGUGGUUAUGGUAACCAAGGUGGUCAUGGUAACCAAGGUGGUCAUGGUAACAAUGAUGGACAUGGUCACGGUGGUUAUGGUAAAAGUAAGUCUUGAAUUUUAAAACAAAAAUAAUAAAUU